AUGGCCCGCACCAAGCAGACUGCGCGCAAAUCCACGGGUGGGAAGGCGCCCCGCAAGCCGCUGGCCACGACGGCCGCCGAGAAAAGCGCCCCCUCUGUCGGCGGGGUGCAGAGGCCCGGCCGUUACAAGCCCGGGACCGUUGCGCUUCGAGAAAUCCGCCGUUACCAGAAGUCCACCGAGCUCCUGAUCUGGCAGCUGCCUUUCCAGCGGCUGGUGAGGGAGAUCGCCCAGGAGUUCAGGGCCGACCUGCGGUUUCAGAGCGCGGCCAUCGGGGCGCUGCAGGAGGCCAGCGAGGCGUACCUGGUGGGCCUGUUCGAGGACACGAACCUGUGCGCCAUCCACGCCGAGAGGGUCACCAUCAUGCCCAGAGACAUCCAGCUGGCUUGCCGGAUACGGGGGGAGAGAGCUUGA